UGCUACGAGGUUUUGUGAAGUGAUAGCCUGCCACCUAUGUUUACUUAAUCUCUAGCAUACCCUGGCCAUUCUUUUUACUGCUCUAACUAAAGGAUUUCCCCAACAGAACCAGCAGCUAAAUGAGCACAUUUCCAAUACACGUUGUUCUUCAGCAGUAACCGAAGAACACCAUACACCAGCACCAUGUUUAAAAUGGGAUGGAAGUCACUUUAGGUAGAAUGCUCUGGAAAAUUCAGCCGCAAAAAGACUGGGACAUCUAACAUUUUUCUAGACCUGCAUCUUCCCAUGGACUCCAAUAAAAUUUAUCCUGGAUGAGAAAACUAAGAAGCAGGAUGGAAAAAACCUUUGGAUUAAACCUCCACAAAACUGACAGUGAUCAGAAGUAGACUUUAUCCUGGAUAUAGACUUUUCAUCAUGAUUUUAGAAGGAACUGGCAGAAUGAGUCUUAAUUCCGUCACAAGUCUUCUCCAUGAACAGCCAACCUGGACAGAAGGAUAUCCCACAUGUAAUGCAGCAUCAAGCAGCUUUUUUGGAAGUCAGUGGCAUGAAAUACAUCCUCAGUAUUGGACAAAGUAUCAGGUCUGGGAAUGGCUCCAACACCUCUUGGACACCAACCAGCUUGAUGCCAACUGUAUCCCAUUCCAGGAAUUUGACAUCAGUGGGGAUCAUCUGUGCAGCAUGACUUUGCAAGAUUUCACCCGGGCAGCUGGCACUGCUGGGCAACUACUUUACAGCAACCUUCAUCAUCUAAAGUGGAAUGGUCAGUGUGGAAGUGAAGUGUAUCCAUCACACAAUGUCAUUGUUAAGACAGAACAAACAGAUCCAUCUUUAAUGACAUCCUGGAAAGAAGAUAAUUAUUUCUAUGAUAGUGGAUAUGGUGGCACAGUAGAAUUAGUGGACAGCAAAGCCUACUGUCGAGCACAGAUUUCUGUCAGUACUACUAGUCACCAACCUAUAGAAGAUUCUUCAGAAGUGAAGAAAAUUCCACAAGAUCACCCUCAAAAAUCACACAAUAAGAAACACACUCCUCGAGGAACUCACUUGUGGGAGUUCAUCAGAGACAUUCUCCUGCAUCCAGAGAAGAAUCCUGGGUUGAUAAAAUGGGAGGAUCGGUCAGAAGGCAUCUUCAGAUUCCUAAAAUCUGAGGCAGUGGCUCAGCUAUGGGGAAAGAAGAAAAACAAUAGUAGCAUGACAUAUGAGAAACUCAGCCGUGCCAUGAGAUACUAUUAUAAAAGAGAAAUUCUUGAGCGUGUAGAUGGCCGGAGACUGGUAUAUAAAUUUGGAAAGAAUGCCCGUGGCUGGAGAGAAAAUGAAAACUAAAUACAACUUUAAAAACAACUGCAGAAAUCUUCACUGGCAGGAAAUCCUAGAAGAUGUAAAUAUUCCAAAGACUAUUUUCUUCUAUUUAUGUACAAAAAUUGCGGGCUGCAGAAAUCUAUGUCUAACGGGAAGAAGGAAUACUAUUGUUUGUUGAUGUUAUAACUAUUUUAUUUGAAAUAUGUCCUUCUAUGGAGAACAUGUACACAGUUUUCUGUGACCUAUGAUAAUACUAUAUGUAUGUGUAUAGGGAGGAGUUUGCUUUCCUUGUAAAGAUUUUAAAGAAAAUGAAUUCCAAAAGAAAUGUGAUUUAACAUAAUGCUGUGAGCGGUGUAUGUAAUGGGAGCAAAUCACAGGGCAUUACUUUAUACUUAGGCGCAUCACUGCAUUUUAGAGAAAUAGGGAUUUAUAGUAUCUGUCCCAGAAUAAAACUUGUAUGAGAUAGGUCUUUCCAUUCAAAAUAUAUCUCUUUUUUCAAAGGCUGUUGAGUCGUAAGACACCAAUGGUUAAUUAAAUCAAAGGCUAUUGAGUUAUGGGUUCAAUUUUUUCUUGUUUUUUGCCCUUCUUCUAGACAAUAUAGUAUGGCCAUUUACAGUAGCAUGGACUUCUUUGUGGUCCUCCAUUUAGAGUUGGAUUUAUCAGCUCAUUCCAUUCCCAAAUAUUUCUCAGGUGAAAUAAGUCCUGGAACAUGAAGAAUUGCAAAUAAAAACAGUGGGUGUUUUAUUUGCAGACCUCAGUAAAUUUAGUUGAGCUUUGUAACAACCUUGAAUGCUUACCUGUGCUGAAAUCAGACUUCACACGUUUCUGAUAGGACUGAUGUUUGGUCCUACCUGACCGGACUGAACUUGAGAUUUUCUGUAUCCAAAGCAUUUGCUUAGUCACUGAGUUAGUAUAUAUUUGGAUAUGAACAUAGAUCUCAGUGUGAUAAUGAAACUACUUUGAUUCUAAGGCUUUACACAACUGAAUCUAAUAUCCAAAACCAAAUCCCUCCACACAGAAAGCUAAUACUCUCAGAUUCUAUUUCAGUCUUUCAUUCCUUUCUCCCAGAUAACCAGUUUUCUAUUUGCCGGUAUGGGGUAGCAUAGAAGAACAUUCAGUCGUGUAAGUUCCUACAUGUAAGUUAAAAUGAUUCAGUACAGGCAUAUAACAACCCAAGAGCUAAAAUUAAAAAUGGCUUUUUCGAGCUCAUUAAAAUUCAUCCGUGAGGCUUAAAUCCAAACUUGCCUGAAACUUAAAGUUUCUGUGUUCUCUGAGAUGCCCGUUGAGUGUUUUUCAUUACAAAAAUCACUUGUUUAUAGAGCCCAUGGUUUUGCUACAACAGGUGAAUGGUAGCUGCCCCCCUAGUGUUUGCUGAAAAACACACCUAAGCAUGUCAGAUAGAAAACACCUUUGCAGUCACAAUUCCUGCCAAAGCUAACCAUCCAUUAUAGCUAUGUGACAUUUUGGACUUUGCUUAAGGUGGGUGGAAGCAGUUCAUCUGAUUUAUAAGAGAAGCUGGUAACUAGGACAGCAGGUUUCAAAGUAAGCCCUUUCUGUUAUAUUAUUGACUGAGUAUUUACUGAAUGAGAUUUUUUCUCAGUUUCUCUCUGUCCUUUAUUUUUAAAUCAGUAAGUCACCAUAAUCUAAUUAAUGAUCUUUUUGUGCAGAAAUAUCAGCUCUAAUGUACUGGAUUUGAUAUUGCCUUGUGCUAUUGUGCCAAAGCAGCAUUGUAAUUGUAUAAUAACUAUAAUCAUAUAGCUAUUUCUUUCACAGUGGAAUCUAUAUAUUCAUAAAUAAGUUCUAUUGUCUUAUGUCUAAGAACCUAUGUGCAAAAUUAUAGUUUUAAUAUCAUUUGGGGGAAUUUAAAAAAAAAAGCUUCAUAAAGUUGUCUUUGAGCAAUAUGAGAGUUAAAACUGCAUCUCAGUUGCGUGCAAAGUGAAGAUUAUUGACAGCAGUAUUAGUACAGACUUAUCCAACUUGGCGGCCUUCAGUGCAUCCCAUGUGGGAGUAAAAUAAGUCAAGAUGAUGGCCGUGACCACAUGCUCAAAACUCUACCCCUUUUUUAUUUGCAUUGUGAUACACACAAAAAGUGGUAAGGCUUCAACUGCAAGUCAUAGCUACCAUCUUGAUUUUUUGACUCUCCUUCUGCAGGCAUCCCUGGUGCCCUUCAUGCAUGUUGCAUUCUUCUGUGUUGUUGAAAGAACUCUGGGACUUCAGUUCAAUCAGGUUGGGUUAGAUAUGUUGGUAUUUCAUAUACUCAGAUCAUGAAGUCUAAUAGAAGCCUCACUUUAUUUAUAUUAACUUCUUGUCAUUUUAAAUUUCAUUUAUUUGCCCCACUUUUUCUUGCUUUUGAGAUUUUGGAAUAAUCCAUAUUGAUGGAUGCUGCUAUUUUACUAUCUUUCAGACCAUAUGGUACCUGCUUAUAAGUAUUUUAUCAUCUAAAAGACAUUUCCUUCUUAGAAUCCAUGGGCAAUGACAUUUACAAUAGCAAGACAUUUCUAACUCCUCCUUACUUUGGAGUGGUACACUACGUUAUGAUGCUUGUGAUAUAUAUUCCAUAUUUAUAUUACGUUGGUAAACUGCUGGUUAUUCUUUCUUCCCAGUCAGUCUUGGUAAUUAGAAUAUGUGAGUAGAUUUUAAAAUCUACAAUAAGAGCUUUUUGGAAAUUGAAAACAUUUUUGAAAAAUCGCUUUCCUGAAAAAAGUUUCCUGCUCUCUUUAAUUUUGGUUCUGUGAAUCAUGGUAUAAAUUAAAAGAGAUAUUUCAGCAUGCUCACUAUACUAAUAAGAUAAAUUUGAAGCAUACAUGUGCAAUUAAAACAAAUAGUGGUAUAGUAUAUAUUAAUUACAUUUAGAGAACAAUUUUCCAACAUUCACUGGUGUAUUUAUUAACCCUUUGGUAUUAACAGAGUUAGAUUUCCCCCACCAUUGGCACUUUAAAGAUGCAGUUUGUCAUUUGAUUUUCUAACUUAAUUCACUUUGAAAAGAGAUAUGGUUUAACACUGACUUGGCUGGAAAAAGGACUGUAGAUAUAUUAAAUGACAUCAGCUUGCCAAGCACAUACAGUCUCAGCCAAUAAUGAACCUUUUACCAAUUCUAAUUAACAGGAUAUGAGCAACAGAUGAGUGUAGCAAAUUGCUAUUUAAACAUAAAGGCAUUGAUGUGAUUGCUUUUUUAAUGUUUGCAAAGAACAGUCUUUUUUAAAGUAUAUUUUACAUGAAUAAGAUUUGUAUAUAUUUUUACAGUGGCAUAAUUUUUCAAAUGUAUAAAUUUGUAUACAUUUUAACUCAGAUGUAUAAAGCUUUACAAAUGCACUGCAGUAUUUAUAUAGAUGAACACCGAUCACCUGGUCAAAGAAUUUGCUGAUGUACUGUGCAGCUUUGCUUAACGAGUAGCUUGUGCGCAGUACUGACUAGUUCUAUGGCUUCAUAUUCAUAACUAAACCUUAAUAUUUAGCUAUAAGGUAAGUGCCCUUGAAAUUGCAGCCACAACGUACUUGAGAAAGUCUAGUGGCAAUAACAUGCAGAAACACUUAUAGACUUAACAUUACAACUUUCUUGUUGCUGGAAAAUGACUAGUAUCUUCCUCUAUCUUUACCAUUUAUAGGCUUUCUAGAAGUGCACUUUCCCUAAAGUGUAUGUCAGGUUUAAUGACCGUCACAGACAUGCCAUAACAUUCUUAAUACUGUUUCUAUCCAUAAAAAUGCUAAUUAAAACAAUGUGUUUCUUAAAAUAAUAGUUUAGUAAUCAUUCAAACUUCCCUCCACAGCAAUUGCUUUAGAAUGAAAUUGUAUGCAGUAAUCAACAUUAUUAGGUUUAAUGAAAAGUAGGAAAUUUAGUGAUAUCAUGGUUUUGAGGACAGUCUUUCACCAGAAAGUUUUUAAAAGUUGCUUGGAUCUGUCAAUAUUUUAUAUAUAAGAUAAAAUAUUUUCUGUUAAUGUAUGGGCUUGCAAUUUAAAUGAACUUUGUAAUUUCUAAUAAUAUGUGCAUCUAAGGCAUAAAAUAAAACACUGGGACAGCUCUGACCAGAUCUGAAUGAAGGCAAUAAUGGCACUUGAAUUAAAUUGGGCAAGGGAUAUAUAAUCAUUUCUCCAUUAUUUUCCUACUCUAAAUUGCUUCUGCAAAAGUAGCUAUCUGUUAUAACAAAUAGUGCUUGUACUUUUCCAGGGGUGGAAAUAAAAGGGUCAAGGAAAGGUUAAUGGAGAAAACCACAAAGAAGAAAAGGACUGAAUAUUAAAUAUGUUGUUUUCUUGAUCCAAUGUUGAGUCCUUGGGAUUGUAUUGAACAUAAGGAUGGGGAAAAUUGAAGUGGAUCUGUUUACAGAUCUCACAUCUUGUCUCCUUUAUAUUUUUAAAUUUUAUUUAUUUUUAAAAUUUCUGUGCUGCCCUUAAACAAGAACUGCCCAGACAUCUUUCAUUUGUUUCUAAACUUACUUCACUGGUUGGAUCAGAAUAUUGUUUUGUUUCAGACCACUUUGGACAAGGUUGCUUUGAUUUUCUGCAACUAUAGGUACUUUUCCUAUGCAAGUAUGGGUAAACCUCUCACUGAUUACUCAAAAUUGCCAGAAAAUGAAGACUGGCUGAUUUAAUUUUCCUUAAAAAGGAAAGAAAAAACCCAGAGUAAAACUUUAUUUCUUGGAAAAAGUGAAAUUUACAAGCAUGGUAGCCCUUUUUGAGUUAUGAAUUUUCUCAAAAUCCAGGUAGACAAGAAUGUUAUCUCCGCCUGUCUUUCCAGAAGCUUCUUUGAGAAUAACUUGAACUUUGCUAUAGCGCUUCAUGAAUUAUGCAGGUGUCCAUGUGGAGUUAACAAUUAAACACAAUACAGAUAUCCGGAUACAGACACAUGUCAGAGUCUUAGGGAGAAAUUACUUAUGGAUCUUCAACACUGAAUUUAAAUCAAAUGCAGAGAUGUGUGCAGUAAUGUGAUUUAUUACAUAGAAAGCAUUCAUGGUGAUCCAAAUUGUCACGAGACUAUGCAAGCGUUAAGAUGCAUGGAAGGAUUUUACAAAAGGAAAUAAAUAAAAGGAACAUACCACUACCAGAAAUUCCACAAGACUUUGAAUAUUUUAUUUUUCCCUUGAGUAUUACUGGCUCACUCUUCAGUAGAAGAGUUAACCUGUCAAAAAAAUAAAAUCUGAAAACACUGGAAGAACUUGAAACCUUUGUUCAAAAUGUUCAAUGAUUGGAGAGUAUUGAUAUUUUUAUUUCCUUUUCAGAUGUCUCAGCUGUCAAACACAAAGUUAUGUCCCCUCCACCCUCUGGCAUUUUAUAGUGAACAUGGGAAAGAUUCAGAGAUGUAUCAGAGUUUAAACAAAUCUAAAUAAAAUAUGUGGAUUAAUCAACAUAUUUGGACAAAAAACAAGACCUUCUUUGAAGGAUCUACUAGGGUUCAGCAUAAAGUGUUGUCUUAAGUGGAUACAUUCCCCUUCUAUAAACUGAAAUGGUCACAGAUUCCAUUUUAGAAAGCUAGAAAGGAGUUAUAUUAAGAGCUUAUGUUUAGCCCUUUCAUCUCAUGCUCUUUCCCCAUUAAAUUCCAUCCCCACACUCCAAAUCUGC